AUGCAGCAGAGCCACGGCAAUGGUUUUGAAGGUCUUGGCGAGCCUACUCGGUCGUUCCGCACGACUCAGCAGUGCAGUGCAACAGCUGCGCCGGCUCCGAGGUUGGCUGCGCGCACACGCAACGCACUAGGCCAAGGUCGGCCAAGGCCGGCCGCCGCUCCUGCCUCUGCCUCCGCCCCCGCACCGACCAGUGACGGGCAGGAGCCGAGCAUCCUGGAGGCGGCGCUGCGCACGCUCCAGCAGGGCACGCGCCACUGGAACUCGGAGCCGCGCGACGUGCCGGACGCGCAGCUGCUGGACGAGUACGACUUCGUGGUGGUGGGCGCGGGCACGGCCGGCUGCGCGGUCGCGGCCCGCCUCUCCGAGGUGCCGCACUGGUCCGUGCUGCUGGUGGAGGCCGGCCGCCAGGAGAACUUCGUCAUGGACAUCCCCAUAGCCGCCAACCUGCUGCAGUUCACGGAUGCCAACUGGAACUACCGGACGGAGCCGUCGUCGACGUCGUGCCUGGCCAUGGAGGGCCGCCGCUGCCGGUUCCCGCGCGGCAGGGUGAUGGGCGGCACCAGCGUGCUCAACUACCUCAUCUACACCAGGGGCAACCGGCGCGACUACGACCACUGGGAGCGGCUCGGCAACGACGGCUGGGGCUGGGCCGACGUCCUGCCGUACUUCCUCAAGUCGGAGGCGACGGCGAUCCCUGAGCUGGCGGCGGACCGCGUCUUCCACAACACGGAGGGCCCGGUGGCGGUGGACUACGCCCCCUACCACACGCCGCUGGCCGAGGCCUUCCUGGAGGCCGCCGCGCUGCUCGGCUUCCCGCACAACGACUACAACGGGGCCACGCAGAUCGGCUCCUCCUACCUGCAAGUGACGCUGCGCAACGGCACGCGGUGGUCGUCGUCGCGCGCCUACCUGCACCCCGCGCGCGGCCGGCCCAACCUGCACGUGCGCAAGCGCUCGCUGGUCACCAGGGUGGACGUCGACCCCGAGACGCGCAGGGCUCGCGGCGUCUUCCUGGAGCGCGCCGGCCGCCGCCGCUACGUGCGCGCGCGCCGCGAGGUCGUGCUGUCCGCCGGCGCCAUCAACAGCCCGCAGCUGCUCAUGCUGUCCGGCAUCGGGCCGCGCCGACACCUCGAGGAGAUGGGCAUCCCCGUCAUACAGGACCUCGCCGUGGGCUACAACCUGCAGGACCACGCGUCCAUCGGCGGCCUCAUGUUCGUGGUGAACGAGAGUGUGUCGCUGCGCGCCGAGGACAUCCUGGGCCGGCGCGACAACUACGUGCAGUUCCUGGCGUACGGCCGCGGGCCCAUGGCGGUGCCCGGCGGCGCGGAGGCGCUCGCCCUCUACGACACAGAGGACCCCGACAACCUGGACGCGCACGCCGACAUGGAGAUUGAGUUCCUGGGCGGCUCGGUGGUGUCGGAGCCGACGCUGCGGCGCAACUUCGGGAUCCGCGACGACGUGUACGAGGCGAUGUUCGCGCCGGUGGAGCGCGCGCACACCUGGAUGGCGUUCCCGCUGCCGAUGCGCCCGCUGAGCCGCGGCCGCGUGUGGCUGCGCAGCCGGGACCCGCGCGCGCCGCCGCGCAUCCGCCCCGGCUUCUUCAGCCACCCGCGCGACGUGGUGGUGUCGCUGCGCGGCAUCCGGCAGGCCAUCCGGCUGGCCGGCGCGCCGCCGCUGCAGCGAUUCCAGUCGCGCCUGCACGACGUGCCCGUGCCAGCCUGCCGGCACCUGCCCUUCUCCAGCGACGAGUACUGGGUGUGCGCCAUGCGGCAGCUGACCUUCACCAACUACCACCAGUGCGGCACGUGCAAGAUGGGCCCCUCGUGGGACUACACGGCUGUGGUGGACCCGCGGCUGCGCGUGCACGGCGUGCAGGCGCUGCGCGUCGUCGACGCCUCCGUCUUCCCGGCCAUCCCCACGGCGCACACCAACGCGCCCACCUACAUGGUGGCCGAGAAGGCGGCCGACAUGAUCAAGGAGGACUGGGGGGAGCUGCGCCGCUAG